GCCGGGGGACAGGACGGGCCGGGACCGGUCUGCAGCCGUCGGAUCGCAUGGUGGACAUCCUGAUCAGCGCUUCUUUCUUGGAUGAUAUGGGGGAUCAUUCAAAAAAGAAGUCGAGAAUCGCUAUGUGUGUGGGCUGUGGGAGUCAGAUCCACGACCAGUACAUCCUGAGAGUCUCCCCGGACCUGGAGUGGCACGCAGCCUGCCUCAAGUGCGCGGAGUGCAGCCAGUUUCUGGACGAGACGUGCACGUGCUUCGUCCGGGACGGAAAGACUUACUGUAAAAGAGAUUAUACGAGGUUGUUUGGGAUCAAGUGCGCAAAGUGCGCGCUGGGUUUCUGCAGCAGCGACCUGGUGAUGAGGGCCCGGGACCACGUGUACCACAUGGAGUGCUUCAGGUGCUCGGUGUGCAGCCGACACCUCCUGCCGGGGGACGAGUUCUCCCUGCGGGACGACGAGCUGCUGUGCGGGGCCGACCACGGGCUGCUGGCGGACCGGGGGUCCGCGGGGAGUCCGCUGAGCCCCGGUGCCCUCCAGAACAGCAGACCGCUGCACAUCACAGGUAACCCAAUCUCCGUCCGCCACCCGCCCCAUCACCGGAACCACGUCCACAAGUCUGAGAAGACCACCCGGGUCCGGACGGUGCUGAACGAGAAGCAGCUGCACACCCUGCGGACCUGCUACAACGCCAACCCGAGGCCCGACGCCCUGAUGAAGGAGCAGCUGGUGGAGAUGACCGGCCUGAGCCCCCGGGUCAUCCGGGUCUGGUUCCAGAACAAGCGCUGCAAGGACAAGAAGAAGUCCAUCCUGAUGAAGCAGCUGCAGCAGCAGCAGCACAGCGACAAGACCAAUCUGCAGGGUUUGACAGGCACCCCUUUGGUGGCGGGCAGUCCAAUCCGUCAUGACCACACGGUUCAGGGGAAUCCUGUGGAGGUUCAGACCUACCAGCCUCCGUGGAAAACCCUCAGCGACUUCGCCCUCCAGACCGACCUGGACCAGCCUGCCUUCCAACAACUGGUGUCUUUCUCCGAGUCGGGCUCCCUGGGAAACUCCUCAGGCAGCGACGUGACCUCCCUGUCGUCUCAGUUACCGGACACGCCGAACAGUAUGGUACAGAGUCCCGUCGACACGUGAGGAGCCAGCGGGGGUCAGCUGGAGGCCCCCCAGGAGUUCUCACCCCCCACCAUCAUCCACAAAGAAAGAGACAUUCAUUGACAAAGGAUGGAUUAUGCUGCCGGACACAUUCAGGUCCAGACUGAAGGAUUUUGGUGCGUGUGUACAUCUAACGGUGCUGGAUGCACACGGACUCCUUGAUGCCAACACCUGAGCCUGGACACGAUGGGAAUAUGUGACGGGACUCGCGCACACACAGGGCCUGCAUGUGCAGAAGGUCAAAGGUCACAGUGUUUGUAAGGAACCUCCGACCUGUGUAGCUGUGCAUGAUCUGUACCGACUCCUGUAAGUUAUUGGAUCAGAGGGGAGACGCGCUCUGCUGGCGUCUUCUCCAGAGCAUAAGUUAUUAUUAUGGAUGUUAUUUAUUAUGAGGGCAGACGUAGCUGAACGUAUCAAUAAAACAACUGCUUAUUGCAUGCAUAAUCCAUCCGUUUCAUAAAUGACAAGUUUGAAAGUCGUUUUAAGACGCU